AUGGGUUGCGUUUCUGCAAAAUCAAAUUGCAAUUCUAACGAAAAUUGUCCUUGCAAAAGAAGAAAAAUGUAUUUUAAUGAAAUUGUUUCAGUAAAAGAAAUAUUUAACUUGUCUAACUACACUCAUUUCACUUUACCGCUCAAAUGCUAUAUUUAACCAUAAUGUAUCAAAGCAAUGUUGGGUGAAGUUAAGUGGCUAAAAUAACUAAAAGAGUUCACUCUAGAUGCAAGUAAUAAAGACAUUGGCAAUGAAGGCUUUGAAAUGAUUGCUAAAUCUUUGUCAUAUUUUAGCCACAUCUAAAAGCUGAAUCUCCAUUUAUGUUUCAACUUUAUCACAGAUAAAUACAUGAGUAAAUUUUCUAAAAACAUGAUCCACCUUAAGAAUCUUACUCACUUAAACAUUGACUUCUGGUCAAACACAAUUCAGGAUUAAGGACUUAUACAUUUUAGUGAAGGCUUGUCAUAGUUAACUAAUUUAGAAGAACUUUAGUUAAAUUUAAGCAACACUUCUAUAACUCAUGUUGGGUCUAACAAAUUAGGAGAAGCUCUCAAACACCUUACAAAAUUAUCUAGUCUCAAGCUAUGCAUUGCCUAGAAUCAACUUAAAGAAGAAGGUGUCUUGCAACUAAGCGAGGCUAUUAAGACUCUUAAAUCUCUCAAAUUCCUCCAGAUUGACUUAUUUGACUGCAAUUUGAAGUCAAUAGAUUAACUCACCAGCUCAUUUAAAGUUACACAAAAUAUUCAAAACAUCAAUCUUAACUUAGGUCAAAACAAAUUAUCAAACAGCGAUAUCAGAAAAUUGAAUGAAUAAUUAUGCAAAAUAAACUCGCUUGAACAGAUCUUUUUAAAACUAAAAAACAUAGAAAUCGACUAAACAGACGACAUUGUUAUGCUGAGAGCUUUCCCCAAUUUAAAAUAAAAGGAAAUAUUAACCAACACUAUUGAUACUGAUAGUGAUGAUGAUGAAUGUGAAACUAAAUCUUCUUCUCCACAAAGUUCUGAAAAUUGA